UUUAACGCUGCAGAUAUAGCUGAAAGGUCAGAAGUCUUCCCUUCGGCAAGUAUCCUCUCCCUGGCAGACCCACGGGUGUGUAUGUAUGUUACAGCGGAGCAUACUCCAAGACAACUGGCAUCCGGUUUACUACACUCUGGAAAUCAUUGCUGGAUUGAGAAUAUUCACAGUACACAACCAUACCAUAUUCAUACGAAAUGUCCACUAAAACCGGUCGCAAAACAGCUUGUUUGAUUCUUCAGUCGUAAGCUGUAAUCCCCACCUCAAAGCGAAUGUUAGACAGUCCAUCUGCCACCUGCUUCUCAUCGUCUGCGGCCAGCAAACACAGGGUAUCCAAUUACCAUGGUUACCGAGACGCGUGGACACUCUCCUGUUCUUAUCAUGAGCUUGCUGCUCAACUGGACAAUGCUUAUCCUCAACUUGUUGAUUUUCUCCCUUGGACGGACGCCACAGCUGGUGGGUGGCUCCUAUAAACUACUGAUCUACGACAUCAAAGACAUAUCUGACAAGUAUGCUGUAGAGAUUACUCCGGCCAGUCCGAUGCUCGCUAUCUGGUGGGUCAUCUUUGUGUGGCAGGGACUGUGGAUGGUGUUCGCCCUCAUCAACAUCUGCAGGAAAUCCCGCCACGGCCCAGUGUACGUCAGCCCGGUAUUACUGAGUCCUACGUUAUUCCUGACCUCCGCCCUCAACUGGGGCGUGGUCCUUGGGUGGAGCCUCCUGUUUGACCGGGAGUACCUAUGGUUGGCCUUCGCGUUCCUGCUCCUCACAUGCCUGUCCACGUACAUCUGCCUGGGUCUGUCCUACCGGGACAUGGCCGCCCACAGACCCACCCUCGUCAAAGAAGGCAGGAGGGUGGAUGUCUGGCUGGUGCGGGUGUUAGUCCAGAACGGCCUUGCCAUGUAUGCAGCUUGGUGUACUUUUGCCACGUUGCUUAACCUUGCAGCAGCACUCGCCUAUGCAAGAGACUUCGGAAUCUCACCAAGAACGAGCUCAACCAUUUCGCUUGGCAUCCUCGCUGGUGAGCUGGUGUUAUUUGCUAUCUCUGACUGGACAUUUCUUGAUAAGUAUUCCCGUUACACCGUUUCUCCCUACCUUGUGUUGAUAGUGGGGCUCACUGGUAGCGUGGUCCAGAACUGGCAAUUAGGGGCAGCUAACUCUAUAUUCACCGUGGUGUUGCUUGUCGUAUCGGUGAUCGCAUUUUUGGUGAAGAUUGGACUAACAAUUCUCCGACAUAUUCGAGAGACCGACAGAAGAAAGGAAGCAGUGACAACGCUUGAUGAUAACUUUACAUUUCGCUUCUGAACGUCAACAAGCUGUGGUACAUUUUCAUAACAAUUGUCAAUACGUGUUCAUUUUACCUGUUUUUGUACGCUUUUGUAAUAAAGCACAUGAUUGAUUUUCCA